AUGCAGAGCCGGCAGUGCUCAUGUCCAAAUGUGCCUUUAAUCGGCCGGACGCAAACCGAGCUUGGUUCUCCAUCCCGGAAUCCAGGCUUUCCGAUAUUACAAAAGCCAGUUCGGCGGCUAGACAUUCAGGAGCAUCAGGACCUUCCUCUUAUCAACAUAAAGGAAAAGGUCGUAAAUCCAGGAGCCCCCGUCGCUCUAGGAGCCCUAGGCGUCACUCACGUAGGACUAGCCCAGACUAUCAUCAAAGAAGAAGCCCAGACCCACGCCGUCGUACUUCCAGGAGCCCUCCUCGCCGACGCUUCACGUCUGUCAACCAGUACGGGUCGUCUCCUAACUCGCAGGAUCGCUCUCGCCGGCGUCAACGAAGCCCACAGCGUUCCUCCAGACGCUCCCCAAGUCCUAAAAGGCAAAGUCGUCGAGACUUCAGCCCUCAAGCUUCGGGAAGUGGUCGUCGACCCUCGCCAACGCGCCGUGAGGAAGAACCACCCACAUCAUCUAGCAGACGAGCGCGUUUUGAGCCCCCGCACGACAGGCACGGGAACUCCUCUCUCCUCGAACGCAUUGAUUCCUCGAUUUUCCAUCGGGUUAACGAGCAACCACCACCAGUUCGCGUCCCUGAGAAACGGUGUCGAGUAUCUUCAUCUCCUGAACCCGUUUCUAACUCCCUCUUUGAAAAAGCCUUUCAAAAAUUCGUCAACUCAGCUGGAAAGUCAACGAAAAAACUCGCUUUCCAAUCAGCAGAGCAAGAUUCUGACGACAAAAUCAAAGAUCCUAUUGCCCGCGAAAUCAAACCACAGUACAUCGUACAGUCAAGCGUUUGUCAACCUCCGUAAACCCCUUCAGCUAGUCGUGCUUGACGAUUCAAUACAUACAAACAAGCCUCGUCAUAAGUACAAAGAUGCAUCAGCUCUUGCUGAAUCAGGAUCUUGA